AAUACCUCCAGUCUUGUUAUCCCAAUCCCACUGGCACCGCUUCUGUUUGUGGAGAUUUCCUGGGACCAAUUUUGCUUUGUCCAACUUCAGCAUGAAGCUGUUCAUCGGGGCACUGAUUCUGUGCUUAUCUCUGAGUCAAGGGAAAUGCACUGAAGAAACCAUGCAGGAUAAUGUCAUCCCUCCUUCUCCAUUGCCGGAGGAAAGCUCCUAUUCCGACUGGGGAAUUGGGACCAUCCGAGAUGGCAUUGAUGCUGUUAAUGGCUAUUUUGACUUUGUCUCAGAGAUAUUAGGAGGGAAGAAUGGAGUCUGUCAAUACAGGUGCAGAUACGGUAAAGCACCAUUGCCUAGACCAAAUUAUAAAUCUCCAGAACCCAAUGGCUGUAGCUCCUAUUUCCUGGGUCUCAAGGUACCAGAAAGUCUUGAUAUGGGCAUCCCGGCCAUGACUAAAUGCUGCAACCAGCUGGAUGCGUGUUAUGAUACCUGUGGGUCUAAUAAAUAUCGCUGCGAUGCCAAGUUUCGUUGGUGCAUGCAGUCCAUCUGCUCUGACCUUAAACGUAGCCUUGGUUUUGUCUCCAAGGUAGAAGCAUGUGAAUCCAUAGCCGAUACGAUAUUCCAAACAGUCAGGACCUUGGGUUGCCGUCCCUUCAUGAACAGCCAAAGAAGUGCCUGCAUCUGUAGUGAAGAAGAACGAGACGAAUUGUGAAAAUGACCAUCAAGCUGUCUGGUAGCGUGACAACGGUGGCUUCUGGUGUCCUUUGUUUACAUGAAGCUUGGUCUUCUGUCUUCUGGAACAAGCACAUAAGUAUCUUAACUUUGGGCCUUGGGAAUCAAUCCCAAGGCUGGUGAACACCCAGGCAUUAAUUGUCAAGCCAGCAUGAUUGAGAAAGGAAUCCCCCCAAAAGCAAUGGAAUGGCUUGGUCCAAUACCCUCCUCUGUUCUAUCUAAUGACUUUUAUCCACUUCCCAGAGCAUCGGCUUGAUUUAGAGAUGAUUCGUCAUGUAAGAAGAACAGCUGAGAUGGACACAAGUGGUCCAGGCAUCAGAGAAGAUCUGCAAGAUGAUUCUGACAAUAUUAUACACCUUUGCAGCCCAUAUGUAUAUGAUAAGCCCACGGCUUUCCUCAGAGGCUGUCGCUUUUGCUUUUCAAAGGGAUACAAAGUCAUGGAAACCUCACAUUGCUGUUAAAAAAAAAAAGAAGCCCAUCAAUAUUGACUGGAUUAUCCAUUACAGAACUCAGUUUGAGUUGUGGGCAUCUGCUUGAAGACAAAGGAGAGAAGAUCAAGAAGAUCGGAGUAUGAAGUCAUUGUGCAUAAUGCUCAUUUUAUUUUCCCUUUAGAUCACUGUUCCCUUAGAAGA